CGUGCAAAAGUAGCCUAUAUGAUGCCAACUAUUAGGUACUGCACUGGGCAUCUCACUUAUCAUUUCAAGCAAAUGUUUAUUUUUAUGGUUUGGUCAGUUGUUUAGAGUAGAAUUCCACCCUUCCAUCUUCUGUAAUCAUCUAUCCAUUUUCUGUAACUGUUUGUUUCAUUCAGGGUUGUGGGGGUACAGAGCCGAACAUGGAGGCUACGGGUGCAAGACAGGGAACACCCUGGGGGGGGCGGCACCAACCCAUCACAGGGCACACAUGAUUCAUACACACCUACGGGCAAACUGGUAACUCCAGUUGCCCUCUGCACUGUGGGGGGAACCUGGAGUACCCGGAGGAAACCCCACGAUGACACGAGGAGAACAUGCAAGCUCGACACACGGCACCACACCAGAGACUCGAACCCCGGUCCCAGAGGCGACAGUGCUAACUGCUGCUCCACUCCAGAAUAGAAUUCUAAGCGAAUGCAUAUUUUCAUGAUCUGGUCAAUUGCUUGCCACCUCAAAUUAGCAAAAUCUAUACAAUCCAAAGAGGAAAUGAAAUAUAAUUGUAUAUCCAGUAAACACACACUUUUCUCAUCACUCAGGUGGAAAAUGGCAUCCUUUCAGCGUCGAUCAUCUCACACACACGCUAAUUCUGUAGGUUAGCAGGCAAAAAUAUUUGUGCAGGUGAGUCGGCGGGAGAGACAGUCAGCACAUUAUAAAUGAAACAGAGUUUUAUGUCAGUGCAGAUGCCUCUUUGAUGUAGGCCUUGCUUUGAUUGAUGUGGACAAGUGUGGUCACCACACUAGCGGAUAUCUUGCUUUGUCGGCAUAUUUGUGGCCAGUAAGAGGAAAUGACCCCCCCCCCCCAACAUCCAAUCCUCUAAAUAAUAAAAAACCGACGAUUAAAAAGCUAUCCAGUUGCUCACUUUACGCCAGACUCAGGCUCCUUAUAUCCACAGUGUGAAAAAUAUUCUUUGUUCUGCACAGCAGGCCGUAAGCGCCUGGUUAGCACAAACUGUCAGAUUAGGAAGUCUGAGAAGAUGAUCCUGCCCACACGUCCAGGAGGAUUUUAACGGACCUCUCACCAGCCGGGUUUCUAAGCCACGGCCGACUGGAGGCCCUGGCCAAGCGGGCGGCAGGAAAAUAAAAGCGAAAAGUGGAAGAUUUCCAAACCAACGCACCACGAGACCCAGGAUCUGUGCUGAUGGUGCCGGAGUCCAGCUCAGGGGCUCCUUUUGCCACCAGUGAAGGAAGCAGAGUAUUUAGGUGUCUUACCGCAGCCUUAAGCGCUAACAAGGGAUUACUGAGGUAAAUGAUGAAAGGGGCUUAGCUUAAGCAAAACUCCUGCAAUUACAUCCCAGCCAGUUGGAUGGGAGAUCGGCGUGAUGUCAGGAAAAGGGAGGGCUUAGUGCCAGAGAUAAAACCAGCUAAUAAUGAUAAAAUGAAUCUGUAUUUAAGGGUCUUUUUUAAGCUACGGCCGCUGACUGGCACACGUGCAGCAGGCGUGGUUUUCAAGCUGUCAAACCAAUACUUCUUCAGAUUUCAAAGCGAAAGUAUUUCAGUAUUAGCGAGCAACCGGUGUCAUCGUUGGCAGAGGAUACUCCGCAGGCCGGAUCCCUGUUCGAGCUGCUUAUUAUUUCGUCACUUUCGCCAGCCCCAGUUUACCUGUGUUUUUCGCCAACAUCAGUCUGUACUUCAGACAUAUUGGAACAGAGGAGGAAGAGUACCAAACAACGUUUUAAGAUCAAAAGGGACGGUAGGGCGCCACCUGUCAGCCAGAGGGCGUCAUGACCCCACGGGAGCACCUGAGGAAGAUGACUGGGCUGGGGGAGCCAAGCAGUCUGGACGAGAAGCAGUGGUACCGGGUGGUCAACGGCAUGUCCGGGGGGGAGCUGCGGCAGAGGCAGGAGCUGAUGAUGAGAAAUCAGAUGGCUAUGAGCCCCCAGCUUCUCACCCAGACCCAGCAGCGUCUGCAGGCUGCCCCAGGGCAGUUCGAGUCCCGUUUCAUGGACCGGGAGCUGGUGUCCUCUACAGAGAUGGUGUCUUCUGAGGCCAGGCAGAUCCACAUGCGGCCCAACCUGGGCCCAUCUCUGCCCUCACACUCUAAUGUUGUGCCGGCAAGGUCAUUCCCCGGAACAGGCCUGUCAGCUGGGUAUGGUUUUCUACCUUCGGAACCCUUGGAAACAGUUGCCCGGCGACAGGAGAUGAUUCACAAGCAGAAUAUAGCCAGAAUGGAGAUGAACGCCAUCCUGCAUCAGAAAGAGCUGGAAACCGCCCACCAGAAAGGGCUUAUGGGUAUGGAGCCCCCCAUGAUUUACCAGGGGAUUCCCCCGAAUGCCAUGGCCUUUCGCGGACGUCAGCGGAUUCCCGAGGGCCACCUCCCCAGUGAUGUCUUUGUCCAUCGCACCACACUGGAGGACUUGCAGGCCAACAGUCUGCUGAUGUCUGCAAGCCCAUAUCCACCAAUCAGCACACUGCAGAGAGAAAGAGGGAGGAGGAGCAGCAGGAGGGCAGCAAAUCACAAGAUGAUGGAUGCAAACGCUACUGGAGCCAAGGGCCAAUCAGAUGAUAAGGGCGUGGACCAAAGUCCAGGUGGAUCAGCGGAGGAAAAGGAGGGUGAAUCAAAAGGAGAGCCAGAGAACGAGUCAGUGAGCAAACCAGACCAUGUGAAAAUAGACACAGAACUUUCCUCUGGCAGUGGAAAGAACUACAAAGAGUGUAAACAAGGGCCACGCAAGAACUGCAACAUUAGUCAGGAGGGCUGCGCAGACACUACAGACUCCAGAACCAGCGCUAACGAGAAGGACGACCCCAGCACUGGCUCAGCAUUCCAUGAGAAGUUUGUCUACCCUUCCACCUCUGCACCCCUCACUAAUAUGUCUUACAUAUUUCCAAUAUCAAGCAACGGAUUUUUACCCCCUGGACCUCAUAGUUUUCUCAACAGUGAAGUAAUGUCGUCAGUUGAGGAUCUUCGAAAGUGGACAGUGGAUGAUGUUUACAGUUUCAUCAGCAACAUACCCAGCUGCUCAGAGUAUGCUCAGACAUUCAAGGACCACAUGAUUGACGGAGAGACACUGCCACUACUCACAGAGGACCACCUCUUAGAUACCAUGGGCUUGAAGCUUGGACCUGCCCUUAAGAUACGAUCUCAGGUGUCUCGCCGGUUGGGCAGUAUGUUCUAUGCGAUGAACCUGCCGCUCACUGCUGGUGCCGCCCUGCAAGCCGCAUCAGAGAAGACAGGAGAUCAGUCCGCUGAGAUCAGUCCCCCGCUGAACUGCAACAGCAUGGACAUGCUGGGAAGCCCCUGCCCCAGGGACUUGGAGAGUGUCAAGCCCCAGGAGUCCAUGCUGGGGCCAGAAAAUCCCCCUCCCCCUGUUUUGAAUGAGAAUGUCUGAAACCAUAAGGAGUCAACAGGGAAAAAAAAACCCUACUAAGAAACAUGCCAGUGUCCCUUUGUGUUACAUUCUACUUUAUUAUUAAGCUCCACCACAAGUCAAUAGUUCAAUACAACUGAUGCAAAUUCAGUUGUAAUGUGUUACGUAGGCAAUACAGCUCCAAACAUGAGCACAGGUUCAUGUCUUAUAUGAAUGGCGGAGUGUGAGCCCUUUGAUUGGUCAACACCAACCUCCAGCAGCAUAAAGUGUUUACUGAAAAACUCAGAAGCAGUAUUUUUCCAUUCCAGGAUGAAAGCACCAGUUGGAUGCAUUGUAUAAGCAUACUAUGUUUGUAACAUGACUUAUCUGUAAUUGUUUGUAAAUAGUUUCCCAGGACUGUUCUGUACCUUUAUCAUGAAGUAAUCUCGAAUUCUGUGUUUUUGAGUACUUGUAAAAAUGGUCAGUCAGUUCAUUCAAUUACAAUAGGGAUGUAAUUAUCUUCCUGUAAUUGUUAAUUACCUGAAAACACUGGCUCAUAAAAACGGAUGCAAUGGCUUAGAAUUGUACUAAUAUUUUUGUAACUUUAAAGAACCUAAGUAUCUAUAAUGUAAA